CCAUCUGCCCGACAUCGUCCGGGCGGAGGUUUGGGUUGGAUCAACUCCACUGGGUGCCACGUAUCGUUGUGUGUCAACUUCUCGAACAGGAAGGACGAACGAAAGGGUGUUGAAAGCAGAUGCAGGGACCUUGCAUCGUUUCCAACUUUCUCAUCUUCGUCGCCAUAACUUUGUAUAGCUCCAAGCUCGUUCCAGAGAACUUAGCCUUGGGUACACGCCACUCCAUCCCCAUUUCCUUCCAACGUAUGUAUUCCGAUAGGAAGAAGUGGAGAGCGUUGAAUGCAGCUGCAGGGCUCACCUCACCGUACCGAGGUUCUGAUUCUCCCCUCUUAGUCUCAAUGCUUUCGGGAAAGAUCAUGGACUGGCCUUACUCCACUUCUCCGCACAUCUACACAGUUUUACGUGCCACUAUCAGACACAUGUCAAGGUUGAGGUGUCUCCUUGCGGUCGGCUGCAUAGGCGCUUAUCUGCUGAUUGGUUGCUACGUCGCACGACUACAUGUUAACAGCUACACGACAUCAACGUAGACAUUUCCUUAUGUAUAGCUCCACUCCGUAGCAUGUAGAAUAGUCAGUUCAAUCCUUCCAUUCUUCCCACAUGCGUACUGUCCACGCUCCCCGACAACACAUCGGUCAAAAACGGUUGAUAGCACACGCAGGGACCUUACAUCACACUUGGCUUCACAAAAUAUUUGUCCAGACUUGACAGCCUUCUAGUCUCAUCAAUGAGUGAGGGUCCCGGAUGGCCCGAAGCAUUGCACGAUCGAAGAUGCCGAAAUAGGAAGGAUGGUUGGAAGGCGUGGAAAG